AUGAAGAUAAGUGAGGAUCGACCGGAUAUUAUGAUACAGGGACGUGAUGUAGUCGUGGUAGAAGUUGGCAUCACUAGUCAGGACAGGAUGAUAGCAGUCGAGACCAAGAAAAAGCGGAAGUAUAUAUCCAGUCGACAGUUCUCAAGAAAACGCUCGAAAAAUCUCAUUCGAUCAGUGCCGUGGAUUCGACGAAGACGAAGCAGCGGAGAUCAGCACAGCAGAACUGAGCGCGGGGCGAGUGCAGCCAGAAUGCCAGAAUACGAUCCAGCGCGAAAAUCAAUAAUGAAGAAAAGAAGAAUACCUUCGUGUUGA